AUGGCCACCACACCAACACUCGACCAAUUCCUGCAAGAAAUAAACCGCAUCACCAGCUCCAAAGACUCGGCCCAACUAUCCCAAUACCUGGUCAUCGAGCCCCCCUUCGCAACAUCCUACACGACAAUAAUCUCCGAACUGCGACGUGUGUUUCCCAAAGCCAAUGGCAACAACAACAACAACGCCAACAGCAAAAAUGACGAUGCUUUGGAAAAGAAAAUCGUCAGGGCGGUGAAGAUUAUCGAUGGAGGAGAUGAUAUGGAAGUUGCGGCGUGGACCGCCUUUGCGAGGUUUAUGGUCUUGUAUUUUGGAUUCUUGAGGGAUGUGGAUGUGGGAAAUUUGCUCGAGACUUAUAAUUUGUUGAGUGAGCUUUUGCAAAAAGCAAUCUCGGCACUCCAAAAUCAAACCCACGGCAUAAUCAUCCUGGACACCGUAGUUUCAUACUCCCGCAUGUUCGCCCGCCUCGCCAUGGGCCUAGACAAACAACCCCAACUAAUCGCCCACCUGACCACAAAAUCAAACUCCUCAGCAGGAGGAGGCGGCGGCGGCGACGACUCUGGCCCCCGCGAAACCCUCCCCGAGCGUGCCGCAAACACAAUCCGCUACGCCUUCGUCGCUUGCCUAAACGACCGCACCGGCUCCUCCUCCACCGGCCUCUCCCCCACCGGUGCACCCGAAAGCAAAAGACGCGGCAUCUACACCCUCGCAAACCUCUGCUUGAAAAUCCUCUUCGCGUGUAGGAAAACCAGAGGAGCUGCUCAGAUUUUCGAAAACAUCUUUGUGCAGAGUCCGCCGUUGAGUGCGUAUCCUAAAGCCCAGAGGUGUAUGUAUUUGUAUUAUUUGGGCAGGUUUUUGUGGGCGAAUGGGCAUGCGUACAGGGCGCAAAAGGCGUUGCAGAAGGCGUUCGAUGAGUGUCAUUCGCAGUGUUUGCAGCAGAGGAGGUUGAUCUUGAUUUUCUUGAUCGCGGCGAAUAUGGUGUGUGGAAGAUUGCCCUCGCAGCAAUUAUUCAACAGACCAGAGGCGGCAGGCUUGAGAGAAAGAUUUGGACCGCUGUGCAAGUACAUCGCGCAGGGCAAUAUCGUGGGGUUCAGGAGGCAUUUGGAUAUCGGGUCUGAACACUACGCUUGGUUCUCGGGUUACAGGUUGGAUUUGCAGUUGAGGAACAGGUGUGAGGUUUUUGUUUGGCGGUCUAUCUGUCGCAAAACCUUCAUUCUAUAUGGUGACCCAGGAAACCCAGAGGCUCGCAAGGCUCCUACCUUCGACUUGAAGGACGUGCUUGCUAUCUUCCGCUGGCAGGAAACCAUCUAUGCCACACCGCCUGGAGCCACUCAACCCGACAACUACAUCGAUCCGGACUUCGUCGGCAUGGUGGACGAACCGACCGGAGAGGACGCUCUCGAUCUCCCCGACAUGAACAACAUACACUCCAAGAUGACAGCGCUCAUCCAUCAAGGCUUGCUCGGUGGCUACAUAUCGUUCUCGAGAGAGAAGUUUGCAAUCCAGGGUGCAAAGCUCAAGGGAGCAUUGGCAGCUGGUUUCCCGAAUGCUUGGAAGACCAUCGAAGCACGAGCCGACGCCGAGGUGCCUGGCUGGAAACUGGAAACCAGUGCACCAACACACGCAGGCGGAGUCGUAAGGCUGAGCGGAGUACGACCGGUGGGACUCUCUUAG